GCACUCGCCGCCGUGCUGGCUGUGCGGGGGCAUUGAUACGCGCAAGCGAGGCAGACGUCGCGUGCGACAUAGCUGACCUGUCACAGCCGCUUAGCGAGCGGCUGCGGCAGCCGCGACAUAAAAUUGCCCCAGAGCAGCUCCCCUGAAGAGCAGGGCAGGGCAGCGCGACGCGACGCCGUCGACGCGCGCAAAGUACUGCCGGGACGCAAAGCAGCGUUCCAGGAGGCUGAGCGUAAACGCCGUCGACGCGCGCCAAACAAUCAUGUCGAGCUACCCGCCCGACCCCGCCUGCGCCGCGGAACUAGAGCAAGCCACGACGCCGGACGCGAAACGAGCCAUCCUCGAGAAGCACGGCUGGGCCUGCGACAAAAAAGGUGAUAGGUGGACCUACCGGAAAGGCGAUGGACGGGUCAUCAAAUCCCUCACUACUUUGGUGAAAGAGCUGUCGAAUAACGACCCCUUCGCGUCUGGUUCUGAUGAUGAUGACGCCAAGGACGCGAACGCUCCGAUCGACGCGUUUUUCGGCACGUUGGGGCCGCAUGUCGAUCUGGACGCGGCAUCCUUGGAAGAAGCGCGGAAAUUACUGAUAAGAUUACCGGUGAAAGUCGCUUCAUUGGUUGGUGAAGAGACCGCCGUAGCGUUAAGAAGAGCGCCCGGCGUUCCCGCAAGCCCAGUCGUCCUGGACGUCCUGCGGACGAAUGUGAGGGAUUACGAGAACGUAAGACAGCAGACCAUACCCGACGACUUACAACAAACAAUAAAUAAAUUCAACGAGGCCAAGAAAGUCAUUUUGUUCGAUGAGGUGCUCCCGAAAGUCUCAUUAGAUCUACUCAACCUCCCGUCGCCGAAAGCCAUCGACGCGUUGCAGCAGUUCCAGGCUGCGUAUAGUACAGUAAGGACACCCUCCCCGUGGCUGAAAAAGAAGAUCAUCGAGCUGAUGCCUAUUGCUUCCACUCCAGCACCGGCACCUUUGUCAGGUGUCGACAAUGCGAAAGGUAUGCUCGUGCAAGUCAUGGGCGGCAUCGGGAGGCAAGAUGUGUUAGAUGCUAAUUUGGAGAAACAGUUAGGUUUGUUGACUGAUGAUGCCGCUCUGGCGUAUGCCCAGUACGUGCGUGGGCAAGAUCCACGAGUCUUGUGGGGCCUGGGCCCUGGUCUCCAGGCCUGGCUGCUCGAAGGUAUUAGUAAUGGCGCGAAGCGCGAAGUCAAGGCCUCUUCCCCAAAAAAGAAGAAGAAGUCGCGGCGGCGGUCCAGAUCUCGCUCUAGAUCUUCCUCGCGGAGCCGGUCUCGAUCUCGAUCCCGUUCUAGAUCGCGAUCACGAAGUAGGGAUGAUGGCAUCCGGCCCGUCUAUGACGACCCGAGGGUCGCGAAGCGCGCUCGGCAGAUCCUGCGGAAGUGCAAGGACAACGGGACGCUCGGGCAAUGGGAACUCGACGGGCAUACCGUGGCCGCGCUCUGCGCCCUGAAGAAGGAGCACCAAAUUGAAAUCUGCGAACAUUUACGGAGCUUUCCUCGAGAUAAGAUUAAGAAUUUGAAUGGGUGGAUGAUGGGUGGUAUCCGGCGGUGCAUCAGCCAGAACGAGCGGAGACGAUCUAGAAGUAGGGGAAGACGAAGACGUUCUAGGUCGCGCUCGAGGAGUCCCGAGAAGCACAAGCCCGGCGGCGCGAAAGCCAACGAAGCGUUUUUUGCGAGACUCGAGGGCCACGUGAGCGUCGGAGACGGCGGGAUUGAUCAAAAAACCUUCCAGACGCUCGCCGUCGCCGUCGAAAAGAUGGAUGCUAAAUUAGCGGAGAAGUGCGGCAAGUCCUGCGCGCGGCGGCUCAAAAGGGGUAGCAUACCGGCCUACGGCGACUGGCUCGUCGAGUGCGCGGGACGGGCGCUCAAGGAUCGGGACGCGAAGCCCAUGGGUGCUUUACUGAAACGGUUGGAUGAUCUACGAUUUGAUUUUGAUUUGAAUGAGGACGCGUUCGCGUCCGGGACACUGCGGGAUCUAGGAUGGUUGCUACCGCGGAAUGCGGCUCUUUGUGUCGUCGACGCGUUACGGUCAUCGUUGGAUCGGCGGCCGUCGCGCGACGCGGACGAAGCGUUGGACGAUGCUAUAUCUGAUAGGUUGCAAGAUAAAGGUGGUGCGGAUGAACGGUCACCACCAGCUCUUCCACCUAGGCGCGUGAAGCCCGUUGAUAGUCUAGGAGUGCAGCUGCCCGAUGUCGUACAGAAAGCUUUUAUACCGUUGCAGAGGGAUUUUGGGGUUGCGCCGCGCGAUAUCGGGAGGCCUAAUUUAAUACAGAUGCGCGAUGCCCUGACCGAGGCGGAGGCCGCCCAGGUGCUCGAGUUACUCCAUGUCGCCUUAUCAAAGAAACGCAACGCGCCGCAUAGCAUCCAAGCAUGGGUGAGGGAAUCAAUUCAAAAACAUAUUGCGAAACGAUCAUUGAUCAAGGGCGGGUCGUCGCCGCGCGCGCCGUCGUCGGCCGAAGCGCGGCCCUUCGGCCGGUCGCCGCGCGACAAGCCGUCGGGCGAGAUGCGGUUGCCUGAUUCGGUCGCCGACGAGUGGGCGCGGAUUGAUCGCAAGUAUAGAUGCGGGCCCUGCCCACGAAAAAUUGUAGGAGACCUCGCGAAACUGUUGAAGGAGGACGAGGCCGUGCAAUGCGUGAAAAACUUCGGCGCCGAGCUCAAGAAAAAUGGUAGUACAGACCCGGUCAAAUUCAUUUUUAACGAUAGCCGGCGCAUAUAUUACGCGCGGACGGAUCGGUCGUCGUCGCGAUCACCGGGCGCGCCGCGGCGGAAGAAGGCGAAGACGGCGCCCGCGCCCGCGCCUGCGCCGGAGGACACGGCGAAGCUUGAGGAGUUGCUGGACGGGUAGAUUGGGUAACGAGGCUUUUUAUU